CAUGAACUGCGACCACACUCCAAUCUCACUUCCCUCCACUCCCGCUCGUCCUCGCACAUCCAGCCAAAAGUCUUCAAUGAGGAAGUUGUCCGGUUAGUCGUGGGUCAGGUCCAAUACAUUUUCAACCACAACAAGAUAGAACACUGGCAUGCUAUGGGCAUGAUCAACUUUUCCCUCACGUCACCAGAAAACGACAUCCCCUUUUGCCCUAAUUGCUAUGUCCAAUUCGACUGCUACCAGGAUUCCGGUCUCAUUAUUGUACCUGUGGAUUUGCAGUAUUUUAUUAACUUCGAACUCAAAGACAAGGCCGAGCGACUUGAAAGUGGCCGCCCCCGACAGGUGCCCACUUCUGCUCAAUACAGAGACCAUCUUCUCCAAAAGGGAGAGAUUACAGAAAUGGAAAUCGAAGGUUAA